AUGUUUCCAGAAAUUGGAAACCACGAAAUUGAUUUCGAUGAAUUUUGUGAUGUUAUGAAGAGGUUAAACGCCAAGAAACGUUCUUGGAAUGAAGUGGUUCGUGAGUGCUUUACUGUAUUCGAUCGGAGUGAAUCAGGAGCUGUCUCGAAGAAAGAUUUCGAGUUUAUAUUACGCGAAGUGGGCGAUAUCACCGAUAAUGCGAUUAUCGACGAAAUUUUCGAUGAAGUCGAUGUGGAUGGGGAUGGUAUCAUUGAUUAUGAUGAAUUCACAUUCAUGGUUCGAAAUUAUAUGACUGACGAUGACAUUGGCACGUAA